AUGACUCCUUCAAAGAACGUUCGUGUUGCUCUGGCCCAGGAAGCAUCGAUCGACUUCGACCUCCAGGCCAGUGUCGACAAGACAUGCCAUAUUAUUGCUGAAGCUAGCCGGGCAGGGGCACACCUGAUUGCUUUCCCGGAGACCUUCAUCCCAGGCUAUCCCUUUUGGAUUUGGUCACGCGGGAUAGAUGUUGACCUGACCAAGCGCUACAUCAAAAAUUCCCUCAAGCGAGACUCGCCAGAGAUGAAACGAAUACGUGCUGCGGCCGCAGAGAACAAUAUUGAACAGUCACAUAUCGGUUCCGAUGGAUUGAUCAGAAUGAAUCGGCGUAAGAUCAAGCCCACCAACGUGGAAAGAAGAAUCUUUGGCGAAGGUAGUGGAUCAUCUCUUCGCAACGUUGCGAGCGUCCCGGGCGUGGGUAAGGUUGGGGGACUCAACUGCUGGGAGCAUACUCAGCCUCUUUUGAAAUACCACACGUAUUCCCAAGGGGAGCAAGUCCACAUUGCUGCUUGGCCACCGACGAUGCCGGGCAGGGGUGGAGAGGCUUUGUGGAACACAACAGCGGAAGGACAACAAAGCAUGUCUCGAAUAUACGCCGUCAAGGGUUCCUGCUUCGUGCUACACUGCACAGGAGUUCUUACCAAAGACGCGAUUGACAAGAUGCAGACACAUUCUGGACAGUUGUAUAGCAAGCCAGGCGGCGGAUACUGUGCAGUCUAUGGACCAGCUGGAAGCAAAAUCUCAACAGACCUUGCGGACGAUGAGGAGGGCAUCGUAUACGCUGACUUGGACAUGGAUCGAAUUAUUGGAGUAAAAGUGUUUUUAGACACGUGCGGGCACUGCAGUCGUCCCGAUCUGCUUUGGUUAGGUUCUGACCUCGUGGAGAAAAGUGGACGUAUCAUGUAUGUGAGUGAAAGUAGCGGACAACACGUAUUAAGUAAACUGCCAGCCUAUGAGACUGAGGAACUUCAGUCGACUCAAUAA